AUGAGGUUACUACCGACGGAAUGGCCGUCAACUGAUUUUGUUCCUGUCCUCAUGAAAUGGGUUACAUCUUUGCGUGAGAACCGUCGGUUUAUCAGGUUAUUCACCAUCCAUCCUAAGUUGCUCAGUGGUAUUUUCACACCCAGACAUACGCAGACUUGCGCGAAGCAAUGUGCUACCCAAGUAGGGUCCCAUCCAAGUCGUGAUUGUAUUGACCACACUUACCCUGCGACAGCGCGCACACUACCACACCUACAGCGGGCCAACAGUUAUCUAACGAAAGCUAGUGUUGGACUCAAUCCGGUUCUGCUUCACAUUUGUGCCGGACAACACGCUAACGGCUUGGCAGUGGUGACUGCAGUCAGCAGCAGUGUUCCCUCCUCGGAUGAAAUAUCAACCGGACUAAUGUCACUGACCCGCAGCCUACGGUUUACAAUCAACGGCUUGGCUGCCAAGCCUACAAUAUUCGGCAACACCUUGUCAGAAGGAUGAACGAAAGGAACCGCUCCGUUCAGUGUUGCGCUUGCAAAAAAUGACAUCUGUGAGCCUGAUUCUCAUGCUACGCACAGAACCAUGUGUGAAAGAAUGAGUGACAGUAUCGGACAAUGCUGCCAAGAUGCCAACAGAUCUUGCACUCCGUCCGGCGGGAGUUCGACCCUGCAGAACUUUGGAUGACAGUGCCAAUCGCAGUGUCGUUUGUGCUUCUAGUUCUUGCUCUCAUUGUAUUCACACGUUCAUGUUACACGCCGACCACUG